GGAAAGUCGAGUCCCAACACCCUUUUCAGACACCCUCCUUGUCUCCUUUCAGUGCUGCCUUAAUCCUCUUCCAUCCUUUUGUCGCUUCGUUGCCACCGAGAGCAGAAGAGCAGCAAAACAGGUCAUAGAAGGGCAAGAGGAACUCCAAACAUUGAGUUGGACGUUGUUGUGCCCUUUUCUUUCUUCCCCGUGCAAUACUUGCUCUUAUCAUUCCUCUGGAUAAUUCAUCCUUGAGGUAAGUCGUUGUUUUUUUGAAACAAAGUCCAAGAUCUCUCCAUCUUCUUCCCGCCGUUCUGCAAUUAUGCAACAUAGAUAUCUACAGUACUCGAGCACUGUGCUGGCUCGUUUUUUUUCUUGUUGAAAUUUUUUGUAACGAUAGAACCAUAUUGCUGCAUUGUUGUUGUUGUGUGCUCUUUUCAAUCAAUUGCAAUCCAUUCUUUUUAUUUGGUGCCCCCUUCGUGCUCGGAUUCCUUUUUCUCUCCCACAAUACUUGCCAAUUCUUCUCUGCAUUUUCUUUUCGGCUUCAUUCUCAUUUUCUACAAAUCAUUUAGCACUUGCAUCACCAGCCAUCAUUUUUAUUAUUAUUAUUUCCUUAUUUUUCAUUAUUAAAUGUUAUUGCUAUCAUAUGAUAUUCCUAUGAUAUUCCUCCCUCGUUCAACUCAGACACACACAUCCACCCCCCCUCCCGUUCACUCGCCGAUGCCCUUGUCCCGCUUACUACUCGUACUCUGCUCCAGCACACCUCGCCACAGAGGAGAGGAGAAGUAAGGUAAAGCUAGCAUCCAUCCAUACACUAUUUUUCUUAUUUUUAUUUUUCUCUCAUUUUCUCUCCCUUUCGCAUCAUUACGAUUAUUAUUUUCUUUCGAGUUUGCCCUGUCUCCUUUUCCUUCUCCCCAUUUUUAACUAACUCAAUAGGCUCCCCACUGGUCCAGCCUGCGCGUCAACCACUCAAAAAAACUUACACUGCCGUCGCUUUCAUACAUACGUACACUUAAAAGACUUGCAUUGCCCUCCCACACGCUAUACCAUACCCUCCUAUCAUCCCUGCUUGCCCUUACCCAUUCGCUCACCUAACCUCUUCUCCUCUUCCCCACCCACUUAUUUUCCUUCCACACACACCCAAGAAAAGGAAAGAAAAACCCUUCUCCACUGCCCACCCCCUUCCUUCAUUCAACCCCCUUCCCUUUCCUCCCCCCAUCCGAACUCCCGCCCUCCACCCAGCCUCCAUCUAACGCCAAUACCACCCCAAAUCAACACCCCUUUCCCUUCCCAUACAACGACCUACAUCCCCCUUCCGGAUUCAUCGUUCCGCUCCUUUCCCCUUAUAUUUUAAUCGCACAGAAACGCAGCAAGCCAUACCUCGCUCGCCCCUUCCCUCUGCCCUCCCCCUCCCAUAUCCAGAUACAGGCAAACCAUAACACAAGAAAAACACCAAACCCGAAUCCAGUCAGAGGGACACAUUUUUUUAAAAAAAAAAAAAAAUUUUCGCGGCUAUGUCUGACAACGACCCACAACCCUCCCCCGGUCCCCACGACGACUCCGCUGGCCCGAACGCUUCCGGUCUCGCUGGCAAUGGCGGAGUUCCGAAUUCCAACCCCAAUGCUUCCGGAGUCGAUCCUUCUCGGGGAGUAAAACGAACCCGACCGAAUCAAGAUGACGACGAUGAUGAUGAAGACAACAAGCCCGGCCGUGAGCGCAGGAAGAUUGAGAUCAAGUUUAUCCAAGACAAAUCCCGACGUCACAUCACUUUCUCGAAACGAAAGGCGGGUAUUAUGAAGAAGGCCUACGAACUUUCCGUAUUGACUGGCACUCAAGUUCUGUUGCUCGUUGUCUCCGAAACAGGUCUCGUUUAUACCUUCACCACACCCAAACUUCAACCAUUGGUCACCAAGGCAGAAGGAAAGAACCUCAUCCAGGCAUGUUUGAACGCGCCCGAGCCGCACUCCAAUGAGAAUGGCGUUGCUGAAGGCGACUCGACUGUUGAUUCCCCCGAGGAGCCACAACAUACCCAACUGCCCACUCAGGUCUCUGGACGUCCGCCAGUAGGAAUGCCCGUGGGCCCGGGGGUUCCGCCAGGCCCGUAUAUGAACAUGCCAGACGCCGCUACCCAAGCACAAGCCCAUGCGUAUCAACAAUAUAUGCAACAGCAACAAGCUGCAGCUCAAGUCCAGGCACAGCGCGGGGGUUACCUUCCUCAACAUCCGGCUCAGAUGCAACCACAUCCGGCUCAGACGUCCUGAUUUAUUUACGCCAUUUAUGGCCCGCUGACGGGGCAUCAGAGGCAAUCACCCCAGUCACCAAAAAAGCCGACACCACUUUCGCCUCUUUUAAAUGAAGUCUACUGCUUCUCUUUGCCAAUUUCUUGCGCUGUGGUUCAUUCAGGCGGUGUUGUUUUGGUUUACUGCGUGGUAUCAUUAUUAACUGAACCACGUUUUCUUGGCUAAGGGACGAUAGCGGAGACGGCUGCCCUCUUUGGUCAAGGUGCCCUUUACAACCAUUUUUUUAUUUCUCUUCCUUUUACUGUACUUUUGCAUGUUUUUUCCUGUUCCAUGUUCUAUGCACUUACCUAUUAAUUGUUGGGAUUUGCUUCUCAUACAACUUACUGAGUUCAUCUCACCCAGUGGUGUGGAUUCGGAAAAUUCCUUUGGGUUAUGCUAUGCUCCUUAUGAAAUGGAAUCUGCUGUGUCUGUAUGUUUGAGACACGUCUUCUGAUUGCCGACCUCUCUACCGAAAUAGCGCCUUCUCGUCCCAUUAAUGUAUUCUCAAAAUUUCAGGUUGGUUUCGGUCUUGGGAAAAUAUUGUUCUGUCUUGGUUUCUUUAUUCUGUCCCGGUUUUUUUUUUUUUUUUUUUCCUCCCAUUUUCACCAUUCAUUGGCCGCUGCACUCGGCCUCUCUAUACCUCUCUUCUUUCUUCCGGUGUAAAUUUACCUUUUUCUCAACAUAUUACGGGUACUAGGAUAUAAUAUCUCCGGGGGAGGGUGGUGGGGGUCGAUGUGGAUCAAUGAGAGGGGUAGGAUGGGUAGGAAUGGGUGGGGAAGAGAUUUGAAUUAAUUUGAGUUCCACACAACA